UAAUGAUAUCAUGCAAAAGCAUGCAGAGGGCGGUGAGGAUGGUUUGUUUAAGAUAAUGCCCAGUGGCUGUGUUGAUGCAAUAACGGUGUACUGUGAUCAGAGUACUGGCGUCGGUGGUUGGAUGUUGGUUCAGCAGCGCAUGGAUGAAACAGUCAACUUCAACCAGUCGUGGGACAAGUACAAAAGGGGAUUUGGUCGCCUGGAUGAUGAAGGCCGAGGGAAUAUCUGGCUGGGAAAUGAUGUCCUUCACCUACUCACGGCAAAGGAAACCUCCCUUCGGAUUGAGCUGGAGGACUGGUCUGGAAACAGGACGUACGCUGAGUAUAUCGUCAACGUAGGUUCUGAAUCAGAAAACUACACGUUGAACAUCACAAGUUACACUGGGAAUGCAGGGGAUGCUUUAAUAAGUGGCUUAUUUAUGGAUACUGUAUACACCUCCCAUGCAAACAUGAAAUUCAGUACUUUUGACAGAGACAAUGAUAACUGGGAGGAGAACUGUGCACAGUUUUAUGGCGGUGGUUGGUGGUAUAAUAACUGCCAGGCCGCUAAUCUAAAUGGGAUUUAUUACCAUGGUGGGCCUUAUGAUCCUCGCGAUAAUGUGCCAUACGAGAUAGAAAAUGGCGUCAUCUGGGAUCCUUUUAAGGGUAUAGACUAUUCUCUUAAAGUGGUGAAGAUGAAAAUUCGACCAAUUACUUCAGUUUAGGCAGAGUUUCUGUUCAUAUUGGUAUAAAUGUUGUGACAAAUAUUAUGCUUGUCGUGGCUUCAACAUAAAUCUAUCUCUUUGCAUAAAUUUGUUUUGUAAUGCCUCAAUCCUUGCAAAAAACUGUUGGAGAUUUCCAAAAGAUAUUGAACAAAUAGGUGAUGAUCAUGUUUCAUGUAAUCGUCAAUCACGAGCAAAAAUCAUCCUCAUAUAUUCAUUUUUCAUUCAAUUGUGUAUAACUAAAUAAAAAUGAAAGUGAAAUUAUG